AUGGUGGCGCACGUGGCGAUUGCCACGUGGACGAUGGCGGCGACCACCUGGACUCUAGAGCGCCUCACCGCGGCCGGCGCCGACGUCGAGGCUCUCCGAUCUUCUUGCAGUGACAAGGCGGCGCUGCACGAGCAGCUCAAGGCUCUCGGCGUGGCCAAGCUCGGCAUGGUCGACCUCGUCGGCGACGGCGGCGUGCUCAAGCGCGUGCGGCGCGAGGGCGCGGCGGGUGGCGACCGCCCUCCCGUACCGAGCCGCGUCAAGCUCCGCUGGGUCGGGCGCCUCGCCGCCGACGGGAGGCGGUUCGAGUCGGGCGUGGUGGAGACGGCGCUCGGGGACGGCUUGCUCGUGCGCGGGCUCGAGCGCGGCCUGCGCUCGAUGGCGCGCGGCGAGGAGGCGUCCUUGCUGCUGCGGCCAGAGUACGCGUUCGGCCCGUCUGGCCGCCCCGCCGCCGGGGAAGGGUUCGCGGACGUGCCUGGAGGGGCGUCGGUGAUGUUCGAAGUCGAGCUGAUCGGCUGGACGGCCCCGAAGCGCGAGGUGUGGGAGAUGGGCGCCGGCGAGGUGCUGGACGAGGCGGCCAGGCUCAAGGCGUCCGGCGGCCAGGCGGUCGGCGCGAAAGACUACACCGGUGCGCUGGCAGCGUACCGGGCCGCGGCGCGGCUGCUGCCCGACGAUGCGCCGCUGGAGGGGUACGCGUCGCUCGGCGAGCUGCGCGCCCCCGCGGGGAGGGAGGAGGAGGCGCGCCAGCUGCUGGUGGCGUGCCGGCUCAACGAGGCCGCCUGCUGCCUGCGCUGCGACGAGUGGGCGGCCGCCGCCGCCGCCUGCGACGCCGCCGUCAGCCGGCUCUCGGACCCUCUUGGGGCGGAGGCUGAGGCGAACGUGAAGGCGCUGUUCCGGCGGGCGAAGGCGCUCUCUCGCUCCUCGGACUUUGGCGCGGCGCGGCGCGACUUGCGCGAGGCGGCGAGGCUGGCGCCGACGAACCGCGAGGUGCGCGAGUUGUGGUCGGAGCUGAGGCAAGCCGAGGAGCGGCGCGAGGCCGGCGGCAAGGCGUUGCUGGCCAAGAUGGGCGCGGCGGGCGGGCGGGGCGGGCUGUACAAGGGGAUUCACCUGAAGCCGCGGCGGCGCAGCACGCGCCCCUCGCGUCUG